AGUUCAUGGAUGAUAUAGUUCAAAUUCACUCUCAAACUUCCAUUUUUGGAGCGUACAUAGUUAAUUUCUCCUCCUAAAUCGCCAUCGCCAUCAAGUAUCAACCACCGAAAUUCCCUCAAAUUUUGCCAAAUUAUACUCAUGGUCAUCAAUUCACAUUUCUCGCAUUAAUGUCCCUCCGUUUUUUUCUUGAAAUUUCUGUGAUUGUGUUGCCGAUUCUUCCGAGGGAUGAUCGCCAAUUCUCUGCUGCUAUUCGCCUCACCGAAGCUAGGUUUCGUGUGCUUCCCGGGUGUUAGUCCUAUAACUAGCGUGAAAUCGAGGGGCUUUUUGCGGAUCAAGGCCAUGGAGGACUCGCAGACAAUGAAUUUGAAUGGGCAUCCUGGGAGCCAAGUGACUACUGUUGGCAAAUCAACAGACAUAAAGUGGCACAAAUGUCCAGUCGGAAAGGUGGAAAGGCAGAAUUUACUCAAACAAAAAGGAUGUGUCGUGUGGAUCACAGGUCUUAGUGGUUCAGGAAAGAGCACUGUUGCUGCUGCUGUGACUCAUACUCUAUAUGAGAGGGGAAAGUUGACUUACAUUCUUGAUGGCGACAAUGUCAGGCAUGGCUUGAACUCUGACCUUAGUUUUAAAGCAGAAGACCGUGCUGAGAACAUACGCAGAGUUGGGGAGGUAGCAAAGCUAUUUGCAGAUGCUGGAGUUAUUUGUAUUACCAGUUUGAUUUCUCCCUACAAGAGGGAUCGAGAUGCAUGCCGCGCACUGCUACCUGAUGGAGAAUUCAUUGAGGUUUUCAUGGACGUGCCUCUUGAAGUUUGUGAGGCAAGAGAUCCAAAGGGCCUCUAUAAGCUCGCCCGAACAGGGAUGAUCAAAGGCUUUACUGGAAUUGAUGAUCCGUAUGAGCCACCAUCAGAAUGUGAGAUUGUACUUAAAUAUAAUGGAGAAAUAUGUGCUUCCCCUGAUGAAAUGGCUGCAGAAGUGAUUUCUUACUUAGAGGAAAGGGGAUACCUUCAUGCUUAAAAGUUCUGUGUGGUUCUGUCUAGUACAGUGCUUUUGCUUCCCUACGGUUUGUUUCUGAAUAUCAAUUUGAGGAUUUUUUUUUUUACUUUUUCUUUUCGGCUCCUCGUACUCUAGUAAGUAUUUAGCUCCAUUGGUUGAAAUAUAUUGGGCAACCCAAAAAUGCAGUAUUUCAUUCCUUACUGAUUCUCUUGGGAAUAUAAGAUUUUAUCCUCAAGGAAUUGCACAUUAUCAUGAAAGUGAACUUUUUCAUUCUUUUUCCUGACUAUUUAAUUUCGCCUUAAGAAGGCUACUUUCAUGGUUUGUGUGGUAUUCUCACGACAUGGAUGCUGGCAUUGAAGUAUUGUAUAUUUCUAUGAGAAUAGAAUGUGAAGAUCCGA